AAGGAGACACGGAGCUUCAGGGGCUGAAUAGUUCAGAAAACAAGAUUCAACGAAGCUCCCUGUACUCAUGAAUGAACCUGAACCCGUGGGCGGCGACGCGUUCUCUCUCUCUCCAAUGAUAAGCUUUUGAUUCUCAUUCCUUACACAAUACCAGAGUGAACAGGUCGCCGGAGAUUUAGUUGAGUUCCCUCAUCCAUUUGGGACUUUGAUUUCUUGGCGGAAUUCGUGUGCUGAGUUUUGUAUCUCGAAUUCUCUCCAUUGGCAAUUCAGUGGCUUCACUCACCCGGAGAAUUCGCAGGAUUGAUGUUCAUAUAGUUUCAAUAUUUCUGAAGGAUCUCAUGCUUCACAGUUCAGCAUAGAACACGCUGGAUUUCAAGAAAGCCAUGACUUGGGCUUCGCCCAAAGAUUCUCCGAGGAUGUCUUCCCAUUUUAGUUCCCAUCCAAGGCCUCUUUCUUGGAUUGUUAUUUCUGUGGGAUUGCUGGCAUUAUUCUUAAUUGUUGCUUCCUCGAUUCUUGUAUCAUACCCAAUUGGUGCCGCGGUUCGUGGAUACUUCUACGGUGUAAAUAGUUCGGAAAACUUAGAUUCAACUGAUUCUUCUUCCAUGAGAAAUGCUAUUGAUGUUCACUUGAAUAAUUCUUCAGAUCCAGUAGAUAGAAAAGCAUUACCUGAUCUACAUUCUCCCACGAAUUUGGCUAGUCCAUCUAGUGAUAGCACCGUAGAACGCAUGGAUACUAAAUCAGAUUCCCAAGUGCGCUUCAAUGAAUCUACUUCAACAAAAUUUCCAAAAACCGAGGAGGUGAAAAGCCCAGAAACUUCUGAUGCGCAAUCACCUGUGAUUACGUCUGACAAUAGUCCAGAUGUGGUUAACAGUGGCUUGCCUAUUCAGUACAAUUCAUCAAAUGUGAUGGGAAAUGCUACAGUCAAUGAACCUGUUUCUAUGGUUUCGAUGAAUAAAUCCACUGAUAUAAGCACACCAUUAAAUGAAACGUCGCAGUAUCCUUCUGAUUCCUCAUCAACAGCAGCUCCAGCAUCAGCUGAUGCAGCAAAUAAUGCAUCGUAUGAAUCAGGCUGUGAUCUGUACCAUGGAACUUGGGUGCAUGACCCAUUAGGACCAUUAUACACGAACAAUUCUUGCCCUGUAUUGACACAGAUGCAGAACUGCCAGGGCAAUGGGAGGCCUGAUAAGGAUUAUGAAAAUUGGAGAUGGAAGCCCUUGCAGUGUGAUCUCCCAAGGUUUGAUCCCAAGAAAUUUUUGGAACUCAUGAGGGGUAAAACCUUGGCCUUCAUUGGAGAUUCAGUGGCUCGAAAUCAGAUGGAAUCAAUGCUUUGUAUUCUUUGGCAGGUAGAGGCACCUAAAAAUCGAGGAAAUCGUCACAUGCAGCGAUAUUAUUUCAAGUCUACAUCUGUGAUGAUUGUUCGUAUAUGGUCCUCAUGGCUUGUCAAACACGUGUCUGACCCAUUUGAUUAUGCUCCAGCAGGGGUUGACAAGCUCCAUCUCGAUGCCCCUGAUGACAUUCUCAUGGAACAUAUUCCAAACUUUGAUGUGGUGGUUCUAUCUUCUGGCCAUUGGUUUGCCAAGCAGUCUGUGUAUAUUCUGAACAACGAGAUAGUGGGAGGACAGUUGUGGUGGCCUGACAAGUCUCGGCCUAUGAAGAUAAAUAACAUAGAAGCAUUUGGAGUAUCUGUUGAGACAAUCCUUACUGCCCUUGCAACACAUCCAAAUUAUACAGGGCUCACAAUUGUGCGUUCCUAUUCACCUGAUCAUUAUGAAGGCGGGGCCUGGAACACUGGCGGGUCAUGCACUGGGAAGGAAAAGCCCCUUGCACCUGGCCAAUUGGUAGAAAAUGGUUUUACAAAUAUAAUGCACGAGAAACAGGUUACAGGUUUUAACCGUGCAGUAAAAAAGGCUACAAAUAAAUCAAAGUUGAGAUUAAUGGAUAUCACUGAAGCCUUUUCGUACCGCCAUGAUGGUCAUCCUGGUCCAUACAGGAACCCUGACCCAAAUAAGAAAACAAAACGAGGUCCAGAUGGAAGACCCCCACCACAGGAUUGCUUGCACUGGUGUAUGCCAGGUCCUGUUGAUACUUGGAAUGAACUGGUAUUUGAAGUCGUUAGGAGAGAGUAUGAAGGGAGCGGCUCAUCAUAAAAACUACAUAUAUUUCGUUUUAAAUUAUCAAGCUUGCAUGUUGUGCUUGUAGGAUAGGGUAAUACUGGUCCAUUAUUUUCCUUUUUAAAGAGUAUAUUGCCGAGGAAGUAUUCUUUUAAAGGAUCGGAUGGGAGCUAUUAGCUUAGUCCUGAACUAUACGUUUCACAAAGCUUAAUCUGUUGGAGAUUUAGUUCUGCUAUAUGGCUCACUAUAAAUUAAUAUCUGAUUGUAAAAA